ACAUUAAAAAAAGAAUAAUACAGAUACAGUUAUUAUUUUUGUAAUCUGAUUCUGAAUAAUAAACAUUAUUCAAAUUAAGUCAUGUUAAAGGUAAUUGCACUACUAAUUGUAAUUAUCCUUAUUAUGUACAUGUAAUGUUAACAUUGGUUAUUUUCAGGAUAAAGGGCAAGUCACCUUCGAAGAUAAAUGGCCCUCUAUGCGACCUAUAGUUUUGAAGCUUUUGAAACAAGAGCCGGUAACUCAAAUCGAAUGGCAAGAUCUCUUUGGGGCAGUACAUUCUGUAUGCUUAUGGGAUGAAAGAGGUCCUUACAAUUUACGAGAUGCUCUACAACAAGAUAUAAUGAUGUAUAUUAAGCAAGCUCAGGCUCGAGUACUCGCACAACGUGAAGAUCAAGCUCUUCUUAAAGCGUAUAUAGCAGAAUGGGGAAAAUUCUUCACACAGUGUAACUAUCUGCCUACACCAUUUCGCCAAUUAGAAAAUUCCAUUAAUAAUAUAAGCAAAGUAGCAAGUUCAAAUACAUCUAAUGCACAGAAAAAGAACAAUAAUAACAACAUCGAGGAUAGUUUGGUACGCAAAUUGAUGUUAGAUUCAUGGAAUCAAAGUAUUUUUGUAGAUAUUAAACAAAGGUUACAAGAUUCUGCUAUGAAGCUUGUGCAAGCAGAGCGUAAUGGAGAAUCUUUUGACUCACAACUUGUAAUUGGAGUAAGAGAAUCAUAUGUUAAUUUAUGCUCAAAUUCAAUUGAUAAACUCCAAAUAUAUAGAGAAAACUUUGAAGCAGCUUAUAUGCAAGCUACUGAAGAGUUUUAUAAGUAUAAAGCUAAUGAGCAUUUGUUAGCAAAUGGAGUACAAUCCUACAUGAAGUAUGCUGACCAACGACUAAAAGAAGAGGAGGCUCGUGCUCACAGAUACCUGGAACCAGGGAGUGGGAGUGUAGCUGCUCUAACUCAGUGCUGUGAAAAAGUUCUUAUUGGAGAACAUCUGCCUACAUUGCUGGCUGAGAGUGCACCUUUAAUUAAAGCCGGGGAGACAGAAAAGCUACAGCUUAUGUUCCGUCUGCUAGAUAGGGUGCCAGAAGGAGUAACACCCAUAUUAAGAGACCUAGAAGCACAUAUAGUGUCAGCGGGCUUGGCAGACAUGGUUGCCUCUGCAGAUAUUAUCACAACUGAUUCAGAAAAGUAUGUGGAGCGUUUGCUAGAUUUGUUUAAAAGAUUCAGUACCUUGGUGAAAGAUGCAUUUUUGGAUGAUCCUAGAUUUCUUACUGCCAGAGACAAGGCAUAUAAGUGUGUUGUUAAUGAUACUACAGUUUUCAAAUUAGAGUUACCAUCCUCUGCUCUCAUUCGUGGUAGUAAGGGUACUGCACCUGAAAGUAAGUGUCCUGAACUUCUUGCAAAUUACUGUGAUAUGUUAUUACGGAAAACACCCUUAAGUAAACGGUUAACUAGUGAGCAAAUAGAGUCAAGGCUAAAAGAUGUACUUUUGGUUUUGAAAUAUAUUGAAAAUAAAGAUGUGUUUAUGCGAUAUCAUAAAGCACAUUUGACAAGAAGGUUAAUAUUGGACUCAAGUGCUGAUUCAGAAAAGGAGGAAGACAUGGUUGAGUGGUUGCGUGAAGUGGGUAUGCCAGCUGAUUAUGUAAAUAAACUAGCUCGUAUGUUUCAAGAUAUUAAAGUUAGUGAAGAUCUCAAUAUUCAAUUUAGAGGUGAGACAACACGCCAUGACGCUAUAAACAUAAAGAUACUCAAUGCCGGGGCAUGGGCUCGUGGCUCCGAAAGAGUAACUGUAAGUCUUCCUUUAGAAUUGGAAGACUAUAUACCAGAGGUUGAAGAAUUUUAUAAAAAAAAGCACUCAGGCCGAAAAUUACAGUGGUACCAUCAUAUGAGCAAUGGUACAAUCACAUUUGCCAAUUCAGUUGGAAGGUUUGAUUUGGAUGUUACAACUUUUCAAAUGGCUGUUUUGUUCGCUUGGAACCAAAGACCAUUGGAAAGAGUAACUUAUGAGAAUUUAAGACUUGCAACUGAACUACCAGACCCUGAAUUAAGAAGGACAUUAUGGUCUCUUGUUGCUUUUCCUAAACUAAAACGGCAACUAUUGUGCUAUGAGCCUGUAGUUCAAAAUCCUAAGGAUUUUGCAGAAAACACAGCUUUCUGGGUUAAUCAAGAAUUUGCACUUAUAAAGAAUGGUAAACCACAAAGAAGAGGAAAAAUAAAUUUGAUUGGUAGGCUUCAACUAAGUACUGAGCGUUCUCAGUUAGAAGACAAUCAUUCAAUUGUUCAGCUUCGUAUUUUAAGAACUCAAGAAGCAAUCAUAAAAAUAUUAAAGAUGAGGAAACGGAUUACCAAUACUGCUUUACAGAGUGAACUCGUUGAAAUUUUGAAGAAUAUGUUCUUGCCUUCUAAAAAGAUGAUCAAAGAGCAGUUAGAAUGGCUCAUUGAACAUAAGUACAUGCGGCGGGACGACGAAGAUAUUAACACUUUUAUAUAUAUGGCCUAAAGAAUUUUGGAGUAUAAAUGAAUAAAAUCAAAUAAAUUAUUUACCCAGAAUAAGUUUUUUUUUUGUUAUUGUUAUACAUUCUCUUAUACAUAAAACAUUUUACUACCAGAUAGAGGAGUUAUACCACAUUGGGUGAGUGCUACAUUUUGUUACUGUACUCUCUUUUUCAUUAGCCUGUAAUAUUCCACUACUGGUAUGUGGACCUCUCAUAUUAUGAGGAAUCUUUACCCUAAUAGUCACGUUUGUUGGUGAAGGAAAACAUCGUGCAGAAACCUGCAUGUCUGAGAAAUAAAAAAAAAAGUAUUUCGAAGACAUGUGAAGUUCGCCAACACGCAUUGGGACAGCGCGGCGGACAUGUCCUUGCCCUAUAACCCUCCCAGAAAUGAGAGGAGGCUUGUGCCCAGCAGUGGGACGUAUAUAGGCUGUAACUUUUACUUAACUUUUUUUUAGUCAUGUUUGCGUUUGCUUUAGCCAAGGGAAUUGCGGUCGGAUUACCGGAUACCGGAUUUCAUUAGUCUUAGUGAGUGUUUUCCAUCCAGAAAUAUAUGAAAUAAACUAUUGGUAAAUCCAAUUGAGCAUAUCUUCGCAUUAAAAAAAAUUACGUAUAGCAUGAUUAUACGGAAUUUUUUUAAAGUAGUUUAAAUACACACAAGUUUUCACUAAUAACCUUAUUAAGUAUACUUCCAAUUUUCCGAUAAUUUUAUGUCAAACUUCAAUUUGAAAAAGUUUGGAAAAUCCAAAGAGCACGACUCAUAAUGCUCAUAUUAUGAUCAUCAUAUCAUCAUUCAUGUCACUCCAAAAAGUCCAAGACGUAUUCAAGUAUAAAUAUUACAUCCUACUUACUUUUAGUACGUACUAAUAUUAUUUAUUCUGUGCUUUUAAAAUAUUGUAAUAAAAAUCUUAC